UCCACCUCUCUCUCAUCUCUCUCUCCCUCUCUCUCUUUCUCUGUGUCUCUCUGUCUCUGAAGCCAUGGCUCCCAUUGGCUUACCUCCAGGGUUUAGGUUCCACCCAACAGACGAGGAGCUGGUGAACUACUACCUAAAGAGGAAGAUCCAUGGCAUCAAAAUCGACCUUGACAUCAUUCCUGAGGUCGAUCUCUAUAAAUGCGAGCCGUGGGAGUUGGCAGAGAAAUCAUUUUUGCCUAGCAGGGACCCGGAGUGGUACUUCUUUGGACCGAGGGACCGAAAGUAUCCAAACGGGUUCCGGACGAACCGGGCAACCCGAGCGGGGUACUGGAAAUCCACGGGCAAGGACCGGCGAGUAAACUAUCAGAACCGGGCGAUCGGGAUGAAGAAGACACUGGUCUACUACAGGGGGCGUGCCCCUCAGGGUCUGCGCACCGACUGGGUCAUGCACGAGUACCGACUUGAUGACAAGGAGUGCGAGGACUCACCAGGCAUCCAGGACUCGUAUGCAUUGUGUAGAGUAUUCAAGAAGAACGCAGUGUGCGUGGACAUGGAAGAACAAGGGCAAUGCAGCAUAAAUUUGAUAGACCAUCAGAGUUUUACAGUGGCGGCAACAACAGCAGCAACGUCAGCAACAAUGGCAGAGCACGAGAUCAUGUCUCCUGAUCAGAUGCCAGAAGGGUCAUCAUCAUGUGUCGAUGUGGAUGAUGACAAGGAUGAUGAUGCAUGGAUGGAGUUCAUCAUGGAGGAUGCCUGGUGCUCUUCGCGCGUGACAGGCAUCGACGCCUAAGAUGAAGUUGAGCUCUAAUUAACAUAUGAGGUGUCUGCCGUGGAUUAUUUCAUAUCUACUGUAAAUUAAGUAUUCUUGUUUACAAUCCCCGUUGUUAAAAGGGAACCAAUUAUUUUUUUUCUUUCUUUUUUUCCCUACCUUUUGUUGCAUUUUCUUUUUUUUUUCCUGGCUUUGUGUAUUAAUAUUGGCUAAUUUUCUGUAUUUGGGAGUGUAUUUACCUGCCUCUUCCUCGUCUUCUUAUUAACAUUAUGUAAUAAAGACAUCUCUCUCUC